CUGCAGGCGUUCGGGGAUUCACCCUAUCAUAAUGGCUGCACCCUUCACUUCUCUUGUUCCGCAUUUGAGCGUAGACCAGUUCUUAGUGCUAUUGGAUAAAACUGACUUUAAGGAUAAGUCCUUCAAGAUCCUGGGGGGUUUGAGCAAGCUCCAGGCGUUGGCGGGUCACCCUGCUGAGAAGGAUCUUAUGGCCUUCGCUCGAGUGCUUUCUAUGGCGAGGAAGUACAUCAAGUUUGGUAAAUCUCUGCAGAGUUACCGCCAGUUGGAUGCCGAAGUUAAACCUGUCGGUGAUCUUCCUGCGAGUUACGUUAAGUUCGAGGAGUGGGUCGACUUCGUACAGUUGCUUGUUGAAGACCUCAACACCCUACACAAGGGGAGGUUCUUGAAAGCUUUGGGUAUCCCCAACAUACCCAGAUUAGAUCGGCUCGAGGACCAAGCAUGGUGGCUAUGGAGCGGAGUGGCUUGGGUUCUCUACUAUGCGAAGUUCAAGGUGGCCCGUGAGAAGUGGUUGAAAGCGAAGUUGGACAGCUCGGAUCCUAACGACGACGUUAAAGUGAAAGCCGCCUAUGUUGCAAUGAUUAUGCAGCUCUCGGCCCUGGUGAAGAUCUCGUGCGAGUUCACCGAGUCAACGUUAGCGUUGGGGUAUGUACCGAUGUAUCUCAAGAUGAACUAUCCGAAGGCUUUGAAAGUCCUUCAAGUACUGUGUUCAUUGAUGAGUGCGACAAGCUCCAUGCAUAAGCUGCUCAUCAAUCAACAAAAGCUCAUGAGUAGUCGAAGCAAGUAAUCCAGUGAACAACUAGAUAUUACACGAUAAAUAGAUCUAGAUAUAACUAUCAUAUUUUGUGUAGGAAUGUUUUCAUCAU